AUGGCUCGUGCAGCUUCCCGUCGGCAGGUCAAGCCUGUCGCUACACCAGCAACCAACCUCAUCAGCAAGUACGGCCGAGUCUCCAAGACACAACCGGUUCCUGUAGACGACGCCUCAAAGAAGGUCUUCUUCAUCGGACUUCCCUCCUCUCUUCCAGUCGUCAAGACGGAAGUCAAGACAGACAUCAAGCUCGAGUCCAGCCCGGAAAGAGCUCUCCCCCCUCAGCCUGCAGCGACGCCCUCCAAGAAGCGCAAGUCAAGAUCGAUCGACGAAGACAUUUCACCAAGAGAUGCGAGAAGCGACGCCCCGGUACGCGAGUCUAUGAAGCGUCAGCGAAUCUUCAAGGAUACCAAGGACGAGCCUGUGCCCAUCAAGCUUGAGGUCGUCCCAGCAACCACAACCAACGACAUCACCGCCACUACUUCUGCACGAAAGGGCACAACAUCACCAGUUGCCGACAGCCGCCGAAAGACUCGCAAGUCGGACAUCAUCUCCCAAGCAAAGACUGAAGUGCGCAAAGCCAACCAAAAGGUCAAACGAACAAAGAAGCACAAUGGCACAAAGUCAGAGGUCAAGGAGGAAGUCGUCAAGAAGCAGCUGCCUGCGGAGCUCCUGGAGCUCCUGGACCUGCAACGUGCCAUCCUCAAGACUGUUUCUCUUCAGCUUGUGCACCAAAACAACAACGCACCUCUUGAUAUCAGCUCCAUCACACCUCACGUCGCCCGCACAUGGGGAAAGAGGAGAGUCACAGUGGACGAUAUUCGGAGAUGCAUUGCCAUCCAAGAUACAAAGACAGAAGGCCAGGAGGAUGGGUCCCUCGGCUCGCCCUUUAUCGUUACCGACUAUGGCCGCGGCAAGCUCUGCCUCGAGAUGGACCUCAGCAAGAACACCAGCCACAUUGACGAGAACGAGCUUUGCCAACAGUUCGAGAAGAAUCUCCACAUCAUGUGCUCCCAGCGCGCCAUGGAUGAGAUGUCAGAUCUCGACAUCUGCUUUGAGAACCUUAGCUUCAACGACCUGCCCAAGUCCGACAUUACCAUUCGUCACACGACGAUGUCGGCAAACCCCCUGUUCGCCAAGGGCCAACGCGCGUUGUCAGGAAUCAAGAGCGACAUCCUACUGAAGAAGGAGAAGGAGGCACAAGUCCAAGCAUCCAAAUUUCCGGCACUCAACUCCAACGGCACCAAGAUGUCCCUCCUCGACAGACUCAGAGCCAAGGAGGAAGCCAACGCCAACAUCCAGCUCCCUACUGGUCCUGAGAUCGCGAGAAAGCGAGCGCUGCAGCGUGUCGGCGACAUCUCCGCCAUCAUUUCCAUGCUCGUGUCGUCGUCGAACUCGGCCGGACAGAUGGUCAUGUCCUUCACCAUGCCUGUUCUGCAGCAAAAGCUCAAGGACUCUCUGCGCGUCCCCAUGCCCAUGGAGGAAGGUGUCGACGCGGUACGCCUGAUUGCCAAGGAGGUCGCACCGGAAUGGUUGAGGGUUGCCACGGUUGGUGGAAAGGAGCAUGUCGUCAUCCAGACGAGACGCAAGCCGUACGAGGCGGAGCUCGCCGCGCGAGUAAACCGACUUCUUGCAUAG